AUGGGCAGCAAAAGUAGCAGCAGCGACGGCAGCAGCAACAGCAACAAGAACAGCAGCAGCAGCAACAACAGCAGCAGCAGCAAAAGAAAGCAGCUGCAGCAGCAGCAGCAUCUACUACAACAACAGCAGCAAGAGCAGCAGCAACAAGAGCAGCAGCAGCAGCAACAGCAGCAGCAGCAGCAACAGCAGCAGCAGCAGCAACAGCCACGAUGCGGCACAUAG